GCUAAUUAUGAUAUGGCGAAAAAAUAAAUGAUGUACCAUCCACCCCUCUGACCCUUGGACUUUGAACCGCGAUAACAAUUGCCGUCCACGGGAUUUUCAGAAUAGUGAUUUAUUAGUUUAAUAAAUUUGGAAAACAUCUCGGAUUUUCACUAGAAAAUUCAGCAUGGUCGUCAUGAAUAACAGUGUAUUUUUAAGCACGCUAAUGUAUGUUAUGAACCAAAGUAUUAUCCAAGAAGAAAGUUCGUAUAAUUAUUACUACAUGCAAAUUGGAAAAGAAACCAACGCAAAAAAGUGCUACGGGAUGUACGGCUGUUUUGAGCUUUCUCCGCCUUGGACUUCCAAACAUAGGCCCGUGUCAUUAUUCCCUAAGGAUUUAGAUGAGAUAGAUCCUAACUAUUUUUUGUUUACAAGAGAGAAACGCCAUUCACCGGAAUAUAUAAACCUUAACGAUUUUGAUUAUGUUGAAUCCUCCAGUAUAGAACCUCUAAAACCCAUAUAUGUCAUUUCUCAUGGAUUUGUUGAAGGAGGGAGCAUUGAUUGGAUAUUUGAAAUGGCUCAAGCUAUUUUAAAUGUGGAAGAUUGUAAUGUAAUUGUUGUGGAUUGGCAUGGAGGCUCAAGCCCACCGUAUACCCAAGCAGUCGCCAAUAUAAGAUUAAUUGGAUCUGUAACUGCUCAUCUUCUCUACGAUAUCGCUCAAUAUACGGGAGAUUUGAAAUUGAGUCACGUGCAUUGUAUAGGACAUUCACUUGGAGCACAUAUGUUUGGUUAUGUGGGCUACACCUUAGAGGAAUUUGGCCUCAAAUUAGGUCGAAUCACAGCCCUGGAUCCUGCCGAACCCCACUUUUCAAAAUCCAACAAACCCGUAAGGUUAGAUAAAAGCGCCGCCGAAUAUGUCGAUGUUAUUCAUACUGAUGCAAGUCUGUUUAUAAAGGGUAGUUUUGGUAUGACUGAAAGUAUAGGACAUGUUGACUAUUAUCCAAAUGGAGGUACUAACCAACCGGGCUGUGGAAAAAGUGUUAUGCAGUUCAUCAAAGAUGAAAAAGGAAGUUUUUUUAAUGGUAUGAAGAAGUACAUUAGUUGCAACCAUGCUAGAGCUCAUCAAAUAUUUCUUGACAGUAUUAACCCAUCAUGUAAAUUUUUAAGUAUUCGUUGUGCUUCUUAUCAAGAACUUGUUAACGGUUCAUGUUGGGAUUGCGGAGAGAGUGGAGAAAAAUGCCUAAAAUUUGGAUUUUAUGGAAAAGGGCAUUAUGACAAGUUAUAUGGUAAAAAACAUUUAAAAGAUACCAGUUUAAUCCAGUAUCUGAUGACUAGUAGUGAAAAACCCUACUGCAGGGGUCAUUACCGAAUAAUAGUACUAGUAUCAGAUAGUUCAGAAAGCAAGAAACAUGGAGGUGAAAUUGGUCAGUUGUUUUUUACAAUGCAUAGUAUGAGUGAUGGCUUAGGCUCCAAAACUGCACCUGUGGGUUUUAUAAGUGGAUAUUAUGAGCCAGGUGCAUUUUAUGUGGGCGUAGUUGCUACUGACGAACUUAGGAACCUUAAAGCAGUAGAGAUUGAAUGGAGGUAUAAUAGCAGUUUAUUUAAUCCAUUAACCUGGAGAAUCUUAGUUACCCCCAAGAUUUACUUAAAGAAGAUAACUGUUGAAUCUUUAGAGGCCAGGCAAAGCAUCAAUGUGUGUCCAAAGAAUCAGAAACCCCUCAUUAACGGUGUACCCCAACUUCUUAUCUCUUCCUAUUGUUAACAUUAUUAUGAUUUCUUAUAGAUUUCCACUUACAAUAUUGAACCAUCUUUUUUGCGAACUGGGAAACUUCUAGCAAGUAAGAUCUAAGUAACCUUCAUUGUUCCUGUGUAGGAUUAUAUUAUUCAUUUAUGGACAGCUAAGAAGAGGAACAUUGGUAAAACCAUACAAGUUGCUAUUAAACAUGAAAUUUUUAAUAUGUCUAGUAAAUGUUUUACUAAAUUUAAGUAGAUCUGGAGUGUAACCAAUCAAAAGACCUCUUCAAAACAUUUAAUGUAAGUAAAUUUUUUUUGAAAUUUAGAGCACGAAAAAAGGACACAAGUUCCUAUUAAAUAAAAAUAAAACUAAAACUAAAUAUUAAAUUAACUUGUUAAAGAGCAGCUUCCAUUACUUUUUGGACUCAUAUUCCAUAGAGACAGCCUACAGAAAGAAAAAUUUAGCAACUUGUCAUGAUAUUUUUUGUGUUGUCAGAAACAAAUCUGGUUUAAUUUAUAUAAAACAAUUAUACAGGGUGCGACAAACUCUGGGAUUGAGACACAACACAAAAAAAAUACCAUGAGUUCCUAAUUUUAUAUAUAUAUAUA